UUUAUUGUGUCUGUAUUGUUUCUAUUUGUAUGUGAUGUCCCUCAAUUCUGACAUCAGGGUCUUUGAUGAUCCCAAUGAUGCAAGGAUCCACAUGGCAGCAUUAAUUAGUGAUGCUUAUCUCCAUGAUGCCAGGGCUGCCAUGGCCAAGAAAAACCCUGCCUUUCCUCAAAGAAAAACGAGAAAAAGCAGGAAGAGAUCCCUCACUAAUCCACUGGUCACAGGCAGGCGUGAGAAACGUCGGGAAACCCACUGCCCUGGAUCGGCUGCUUCUCAAUCCAGAAGAAGGGAUCCAGUGCAUGAGGAAGGCCUUCAGAUAGAAGAUCAAGAGUUGGCAAGUCUUGAAACAAGACUCCAAGAGUUAAGGGACACCAUAACUGCAGACCAGGUUCCGGAGGGAACAGACAGAAUGGUUUCUGCUUGGGAACAAAGGCAGCUUCUCACAGAUGUGAGAAUGAAAAAUGCUAGGCCUAUGCUUUUUGAUGCAAAGCUCUCAGCCGAGAGAGUAUUGGUCCAAAAUUGUCACAGAUGCUGUGCUGUAGAAGCUGUGAUUAGGUGCCUGGACUGUGUACCACUGGACAUGGAGUACCUCUGUUCUACCUGUGACAUGGAGGCCCACAAGAGAAAUGUCUUCCAUGACAGAGAGGCUGUGUUCCAUGGAUUUCUUGAGCCCAUUCCCCCUACAACUGCUGUGGUGGUGAAUGAAAAUGGCCAGCCUCAGUUUUGUGAACAAAUAUGUCAACUGCCUGUUCCUGCACCAAGGUCAAUUUGUGAAUGCACUCAUGACUUCACAAUCACUCCAGGGAAGCAUAUUUCUGUGGUUACCAUCAAUGGACGAUACGAUGUCUGCUUGCCUCGGAAAUCCUGUUCAUCAUGCUCUGCAGAAUGGACUCCCGAGGUGAAGGACCUGCUCACUUAUCGGUACUGGCCAGCUAGCACCAGCUGCCAGACCCUAUACAAGUUUGAUGUCUUCACCUCUUUUGAACAUAUGAAGGUGACGGCACCAGCCAUGUCCAGGCAGGCCUUCCUGAAAAUGUUGGAGCACAGAUCUGUACAAGCUGGAAGGACAGGUAGUAUCUGUGCUGAUACAUUUCAGCGAAGCUUUUUUGAGUUUACCUUCUGUCAAUACAAAGAAGAGGAUAUGUGCCAGGUCCAUCAUUUUGAGUGUCCAGCAUGUUCUCCAGACAUGUUGGCUGUCUGCUCUGAUGGAAACCGAAAACAUUACCGCUUCAGCAAGUCAAAAGGGACUGAGGAGCCAGCCAUAUAUGAGGGCUUGUUCCUGGCCAAGGACGAGGAAGUUGCUACCUUUGUUGACCUUGUCAGAGGCAACAUGAGAAGUGCAAAUGAAAGUGCUGUGUGCGGUACUGCCAAGUUCACCGCUGGCAGAGAGAUGUCAAAAAAGUCUGGUGCUCAGAUAGAUGAGGAGGGCAUUCAAGUUGCAGUUUGCAGACAUGGGUUUCUCUUACGAGGACUGAACCAUUAUCGUGGAGAAAUAUUUGCUUACCCGAUGUUUCUUCAAAGAGAGAUGUCAAAGAAGGCAAAUGUUACCUUCUUCUGUAUGGAUGUUACAUGCAGGUACUGGCCCUACCUUAACAAAGUAGCAGAGGGUUUACCAGAGCUUCUGCCAUUGACAGAAAUGAGGCCAUUUCUGAGCGUUAUGCAUGCCAAAGCCCAUACAGCAAAAUGCGAGGUGAGAUGGGGUGGCAGAAGCCAGGAUGGAGCAGGAAACACGGUGGGAGAGGAAGUGGAGCAGGUGAACAGCUUUCUCUCCAGGGCAGCACUUGUCACAAAAUACAUGACAAAGGCUGGAAGAGUGAACAUGCUAACGCGACAGGCUAUGGGUUGGAACAGAAGAAAGAGGGACAACCUUCAUCAAGUGUUAGCCCACAGAUAUGUCAAAAUCACAGAGAGGGCAAAACUGGAAGCUGCCAGCCUUAGCAACAUCAAGAAGGAGCACAACCUUGAUCAGGAGACAAUACAACAGUGGGUGUGUGAUGUCAGACAAUGGGCGGUUACAGAGAGAGUCUACACUCCAGGUUGUACUGAAGAGCUAAGGGCUGACAUUGAGAACAUCACUGUAACCCUUUUGCGCAAGAAGAAAGAUCUGUAUCGUCGGCAUGAUAGCAACCAGGCAAGACAAAGAAAGAAAAAGAAAAUGACAGAGUUGAAGAAGAAGCUUCGCGAAAAGGUCUUGCAAUACAACACCGUAGUGGAAGGAGAUCCGAUUGACGAGGAAUUGGCUUGCAGUCUGACAGAGGGAUACAUCCUACCAUGGGAGAGACACAAAGAUGGCAACACCUUCAGGUUGAAGAGAUCUAUCUUCGACCAGGUAAUGCUGCUGAAACGCUUGGAGGAGGAGCAGAGCAUCCUGUUAAAGGAGAUGUCUCAGCACAUCAAGUACCUUCUAAAACAAGUGCAAGAAGUGGAGUCACUCAGAGGACAGACUUUGGAGCGCAUCAAAACCAGCAGUUUCAGUGACCUGACAGAGGACGCUACACAUGGGCUCAACAGUGUCCUCAGUCGGAGGGGUCACUCACUUAGAAGUCAACACAAACAGGCUGUUAAUGCGUACAGCAGUAUAGCCACUAUGGAAUGUGAUUUUCUUUCCAUACAGGAGGACAUUGAGGAGUGGGAUGACAAUGGCUUCACCAGCCCCGAGUCUGAGGAAGAAGACACCUAAAGACUGCUGCCAAACAACACAGAGGAACUGGAGAUUUGUACAAAAAAAUCUUGCCUUUGUUUUUAAAUAGCUGUACCAAAGUAUCUACUGGAAAGUUUUUGUAGAUUCUGUAUUUUUAUUAAAAAAAAAAAAAAAAAAAA